AGAUGUCUGUUUAGAAUCAGAAUCGUUCUUUUGAAACGAACAAGUUGUCCAUAUGAUUUUGACACUAACGUGACGUCAGAUGGCAAAAUGGCUUUCUUCACUAAUCCUCUAACAACGCCUAUCGGGCAAAAAAUUGAAAAAGCUACAAGUGAUACACUAGCAUCUGAAGAUUGGUCCCUCAACUUGGAAAUUUGUGACUUGAUCAACAGCGACAGUGGUGAUGAAUUGGCCAAAGAUGCUGUCCGAGCUAUAAAGAAGAGACUCAACCAGUCUCCUAAGAACUUUAAAAUAGUUUCAUAUACAUUAACAUUGCUGGAGUCAUGUGUCAAAAACACUGGCUAUUCUUUCCACAUUUUGGUGUGCAGCAAAGAAUUUGUCCAGGAUCUUGUAAAAUUAAUUGGCCCAAAGAACGACCCUCCGAGCUGCAUCCAGCUGAAGGUGUUGUUGAUGAUUCAGUCCUGGAAUGAGGCCUUCAAGCACCAACCGGAGCUGUCGGGCGUGUGUCAGGUCUACUGUGAGCUCAAGCACAAGGGCAUAGAGUUCCCUCCUGCUGAAGCUGAUGCUGCCCCCAUCAUCACUCCUCACAAAAGCAUCUCGCCCCUACAAUGCAGUGCUGGGGAUGAUGCGGGCAGAGGAGCAGGGGCUGAGUUAAGACCCCCCACCUUAGGGGGCACUUCUCCCCGCCAUCCCUCAACACCCUCACCCCCCGCUCCAGCCUACCCUCCCCCAGCUCAGGGUGUGACGCACGAGGUGCGGGAGAAGCUUGUCAAGGAGCUCGGUGUGGUCGAGACAGAGUUGUACGCGACGUGCCAGGCGAUGCAGAAGCGUGUCGUGGAGCUCGUCGCCCGCGUCUCUGAUGACAUCCUCACGGCAGACCUGCUGCGUAUCAACGACCUCCUCAACAACGUCUUUAUUCGCUAUGACCGCCACAUGUCGAAGUCGCGGGCCAAAAGUAGCCCCGUGAGGACUCCUGAAGGCGUCUUGGGGAGUUCACAUCGCCCUCCCUCGCGUCCUCCCCCUCUUGGGGACGCUGGGGCGGUGGGGGGUAAGGCCCUGGGAGCCUCUAGGCGCGUGGAUGAAGCCGUUGGGGCCUCAAGUGGGGGCGAAGUUUCCCUUAUUGACCUGGCAGUUGACGACGCCCCCGCGCUGCCUCCUGUCCUGCCAGCUACGAGGCUGUCUCCUCUGCCCCAGCAGCUCGGCAACCUCAGUUUGGACGCUGGCAGGAGGGACAAUGGUGAUGACUUCGACUCCUUCGCUCAGUCCAGAACAUCGGUCGCUGAUGGCGCCAAGAAGGACCAAGAAUUACAAGCCGCUGUUGGUGCUGCAAGCAACAGCGUCAACAAAAGUCAUGAUCCGGCUGUGGAAGCGACGCUCUUGGAGGUGGAGAGCAACUUCGAGUCUAUGGAGCGCUGGAUGAGCUCGCAGCCGUAUGGAGCGGAGGUGAGCUCGGACGCCUUCCAGAAGUUCCUGGCAGAUCGCGCUGCGGCGGCCGAACAGCUGCCCUCGCUGCCCUCCCCCGGCGCUGCCUCGGCUUCAAAUACCCAGCCCUGAACCUUCACAUGUCUUCUGUCAGCUUUCAAUUGUCCAAUGAAAAAUUUUUUAGUUGUGUAAAAUAGCCUAGGGUUAACAUUAUUAAACGAUCUAAACAGUUAUUAAGUGUUAAAAUAUGGAUAAAACGCAAAUUAAAGUCACUAUGAAUGCAUUGGAAACGUUUCGGAGACUUGGGGAGAAAAUUUGUCAUUUAAUCUUGAUGUUAAAAUUAGAUUCUGUGACUUUGGAACUGAUGAUGAAGCUUGAACAGGUGAUGAAUAUUUGCUUUUAAAUUCAUGGUUUACUAAGAUGGAAAAAAUAUUCGGAUAAGAUUCGAAAGCUGCCACGUAGGACUUGAUUGGCAAGCAUAAGAAAAUUCUGUAAUUUAUUACCUUCGAAAUGAGCGUAGAUUAACGUGAACGAUCUUCUGUACCUACUUGGAAAUAGUGAGAUCCACAAGCUUGACCGGGCUGAUGAAAUUAGAUCGUAUUCACCGCCGCGUUACAAUAAAGCUAUCCUGUGACGAAGCAUGAUAGAUGCAAAACACGAAGCUUUUUCAUUGUAAUUUUUUUUAUUGAUGUUUGGCAGUUGCACUUGAAGAAAAUAAGUUGCUGAUAACGAACGAUGAUAUUUUAGAACAGAGCUUCUCAAAUUGCACUUUUCGGUGCGUUCGACGUAACUAUGUCUCCUAAGAUUUGUUGUCA